GUAAAGAAGACCGUCGAAGGACUAGCCAGUUCCCUUGCAUGCUUCAAGGAAUAUAUCGAGAAGGAGAAUAGGAAGAAAGAAGUAAAGGAGAGAAAGAGAAUGGAGAGAGAGGAACGGGCUAGGAAAGAAGAAGAAGAACUCAGGGCAAAGGAAGCCGAGCGUGCAGCUAAGGAAGAGCGAGCGGCUAGAAGGGCAGCGGAAAAGAAGAAGAAGGAGCCUAAGGAAGAUAAGUUAGAGUUUACCAAGGUUGUGCGAAUGGACGUUGCCAUGUGCAUAGGAGGGUUCCAAGAGAAGAUGCAAGACCAAAUGAGGAGGAACAUGAAGGACUUUCAAAGCAUAUUGAAAGGCAAGCAACGGGCCGCUUCUCCAUCAGGAUCCACUGGCUCAUAUACCAGUGACCGGGGGGUGAGCGAAGUGGAGGAAUUAAGUAACAAAGCUGAGAGGCUCGUGAUAUCGGAGAAGAGGAAGCGAAGCCCGGAUGGACCAGUCGGUGACAGCCCGCCUGUCACGCUAUCUCCGAAGAGGACGCCAAGGAAAACGGGGGUGAAACCUGUUAAGCUAGCCACUAAACUUCAAGCAGCUACAGGCACGACUACUAAGAAGUUUACUGCACAUGGUGAGACCACGAGAACGCCGACAAGAUAUACACAGCGGAAGGGCACUCCUACGACGAAGAUUGCUGCGAAGAUCAGAUCAGCAACUCGUGCAAAGUUCAUAGGCGACAAUAUGAGGGUACUCGCAGAGUACCAGGCCGAGGAUUUAAAACGAAUGUGCAAGCGUGAUGAGGUGGAGUACGGGAAUAAAGUGAUAACCGUGAUUAACAUUGCGGAGAAGAGAGUCGAAGAAGCCUAUGGAGAAGCGGAUACUGAAGGAGAAGGGAAAGCUGAAGACGUGCACGAAACUAUGGAUAGUGUCGAUGAAGCAAGCGAUGAUGGAGAGGACGAGUGAACUGGUUUGGACAGUUCGAAAUUGUGGGCUCUAUGUCAUUGGCUGAUCAACCAUCGCAAGC